AUGGUCAUGCCUGCUUUGAAAUGCCCUUAUUUGGCGCAAUUAACUUUACAACAAGUUCGAGCAUCAGCUCCAAAUAUUCUUAAUACUGGUGCUGUCUCGUGUCCAAUAUUUGGUCAAUUUGUGCGAAAAAUAUCGACAACUGGCCUUAACAAUGCAGCAUCAUUAAAUCUAUCAUCAGCUUUAGUGAAUUUUGAUGAUAUCAAGGCUGUUCAUGAAAGAAUGCAAGAAAGGAAAACAGCAGAGAACAUUGAAACACUAUCAACAGCACGCAACAAGACAUCAAGCCCGUAUGGUGAAAUUAUCGUUUCAACUGAAUGUGAAGAUCUUUCAUGUCCAUUUUUAAAACAAACACCUAUUGCACUUCGUCGCUUCAACCAUGAUCAUCGUACGAUUACAACUAAUCGAAAAUUAGAAAAAUUAAUUCAUCCAAUGGCUACCAAUAUAAAUUUAUUUGAAUAUGAUCAUUUUUUUGAUCAAAAGAUAGAAGCAAAAAAAAGCGACAAUUCCUAUCGAAUAUUCAAACGGGUACAAAGAAAAAGUGGCUUUUUUCCACAGGCUGAAGAACGGAAAAAUUUAGACGACGAUAAGGAUUCACGUACAAUCACUGUUUGGUGUAGCAAUGAUUAUCUUGGCUUAGGUCAACAUCCUAAACUGAAAAAAGCAGUGAUUAAUGCAGUUACUCUGCAUGGCUCUGGUUCUGGUGGUACUCGCAAUAUAUCAGGUACAAGUCCAUUACACGAAAAACUCGAAAACGAAUUGGCACAUCUCCAUCAAAAAGAAUCAGCUCUUAUAUUUACAUCAUGCUAUGUUGCGAACGAUACAACAUUAUUUACCUUGGCUAAAAGUUUACCUAAGUGCCAUAUUUUAUCGGAUAGUGGUAAUCAUGCAUCAAUGAUUCAAGGUAUCUGUACUAGUCAAGUACCGAAACAUGUAUUUCGCCAUAAUGAUAUUCAACAUUUGGAAGAAUUGUUAAAGAAACUUCCGCUACAUAUACCGAAAAUUGUUGCCUUUGAAACAGUUCAUUCUAUGGAUGGUUCAAUUUGUAAUUUGGAAGCAAUGCUUGAUGUUGCUCAUCAGUAUGGUUCAAUAACAUUCAUCGAUGAAGUACAUGCUGUUGGUUUAUAUGGUCAUAAUGGAGCAGGCAUUGGUGAACGUGAUAAUGUUCUUCAUAAAAUGGAUAUUAUCUCGGGCACACUUGGUAAAACCUUUGGUAGUAUUGGUGGUUAUAUCGCUGGUAGCGCCAAAAUGAUUGACUUUAUUCGAAGCUAUGGCUCAGGUUUUAUAUUUACAACAUCGAUGCCACCAACAGUUUUAGCUAGUGCUUUAGCAGCUAUUGAGAUUUCAAAGAGCGAUGAAGGUCGUGCAUUACGUCGCAAACAACAGGAAAACGUUCGCGAACUACGAUCGAAAUUGAUUGAUGCUGGACUUCCAGUUAUUAGAGCGCCAAGCCAUAUUAUUCCAAUACAUGUAGGUGAUGCGGCAUUAGCUUCACUUUUAUGUAAUCAUUUACUUGAUCGCUAUUCAAUUUAUAUUCAAUCAAUCAAUUAUCCAACAGUGGAACGAGGCACGGAACGUUUACGUAUUGCACCAACGCCUUAUCAUACAAGUGAAAUGAUUGAUCAAUUAGUUGAUGCAUUGAAACAUGUAUGGCAAGAUGUUGGUCUUACUCUACAUGAUGGCGAAAAACAACACCCUCAAUAUAUGCGACAUCACGCUUAA